CAGAUGGGAGUUGGCACCUGUGUUUGUUAGCCAGCCAGUGCCAAGUGGCGAUGGUGAUGGUGGUGGAGGGGCUGACAGUAUUAUGUGGUGGUGGCAUUGGUGAUGUGCUGAAGCAGGCAAUAGUGUGGUGGUUGUGACAAGGGUGUAGUAGUGGGUUUUUGGUCGGAGACUGGGGCAGGAGGAGAGUGUCUGGUGGGGAGUCGCACGGGAAUGCCUCUCCCCUCUCCCUAUCGUAACCCUGGUCGCUGGCGGGCCGUUGUGUUCCGUCAAGAGGUGCGCCACGGCACUGCUGGCUGCCUCCUCUCCCUGGUUCUCCUGGCGCCUCUGCUGGUGCGGGAGUGGGGACUCAUGCCCGUGGUAGCGGCGGUUGUCUUCUACAGCAGCGUGGUCGUCCCUGCCCUCACUGGUUACUUCUCCUUUCCCAAGCUUCUGCUCCGCCUCACUCGGUCACUGUGUGCUGUAUUCGUCCGCCCGUCACUCUCCACGCCCUGCCAUGCCUUCUCGUACCUCAGCGCAUGGGUGGCCUCAUUUCGGGCGUGGGCGGCGUGGGCGGCGAGAGGAGUGGUGGUGAGCAUGAAGUUCGUGAUAAUUUGCGUGGUGCGGGCGUGCGUAGUGCUGCCGUUAUCGGUGUGCGUGGGCGUGGGCGUGCUGUGCCAUCAGACGUACCUGGCGCUGCAUGGCGUGAGGAUUACGUGCAACCAGAUCGUGUUCUUCCUCAUGCUGCAGGAGGUGGUAACGCCCAGGGCUCACCUCACCGCCCUCUACUUCGUGCUCUUCUACACAGUGCUUCUCUACAUCUACAGGGCGCUGUUCGGGCGGCAAUGGACGAGGGGUGUGCAAGUGGGAGGUCAGUCCCAGGACUUGGCGCGCCUGGCGGUGUGGUACAUCGCUAACAGGUUGGGCAGGGGCGUGGCCAUGUCCUUCGUGCUAGUCAUGUUCACCGUGCAGUUCACCCACGUGGAGCCUGAUCUUGCCUUCAUCUCCGUCACUUUCCCCUACUACAUGCUCACUUCACACCGGUGGUCAGGCGAGGAGCGUAUCGUGUCAUGGAUACGCGCCCUACGUCUGCCAGUAUUGGAGGAGGAGGAGGACUUUUGGAUACCCUUGGGGGCUCUGGCUCUUCCCAUGGUGGCGUCCUUAGGCAUCGGGAUAAUAGCAGCGCCUUCCCGUCCCUGGCUGGCGGUGGUGGGGUGCUACACGAACCUGCUAGUGCCCGGCCUGCUCAUGGCGAGGCGGGUGGCAGGCCGUGACUCGCCUCCUGCUGUAGUGUUGACCGCCUGCAGGAGAGCCACCCCAGAGGAGCUGGCAGAGCGGCCCACCUGCCCUGUGUGUCUGGAUGAGAUGCGACAAGCCAGAGUCACUCCCUGUCACCACCUGUACCAUGCCGCCUGCCUCGCCUCCUGUCUCGCCCACUCCACGCUCUGUCCUCUCUUGGCACUCAAACACGCUAGUUAAAAAUUCGCAAGAACCUUGAAAAUGAGCUUGAAAACUCCAAUAACAUACCGAACCACGAAAACAUCCUUGACAACUACAAUAACCUCCACUACGGUUUGUUAAGAAUUCAAGACAGUAAAGGAUUAGGAAUAGGGAACUUAGAUUCAAGUCUCGCGCAAUUAUUGGGUUGAAAUCAGGAAAGCACCCUUGAGAACCGCAAUAACUUUCACUAGAGACACGAACCCUUAAAAACUUAAUAGCCUCCGACAGAAACCUGAAACCAUCAUUGUAAAACCCAGUAACAUCCACUACCGUCACGAAAACACCUUUGAACACCCCAACAAUCUCUAAUAUAACUUUAGAAACUCUUUGAGAGAGACGCCAAAAGGUUAAAGAAACAAGGAGCUUUAACUGAAGUCGCCUGAAAUCAUUGGGUUACAUGAGGUGAAGCAUCUCGGCGCGACCUUCACCUCUAGUCUUCCUCAGCGCGUCACUCACCGCCUCCUCCUGAGCCUCACCAUGCAGCCUGAAGACACACUAACCCGUCUCUCUCCUCGCGCGUCCUUCCGUCAGCCCGCCAAUCUUGCAAGCUCUUCCUCAUCCUGUAUUGCUUUCCUGUGUCCUAGUUCCUUGUUAUCAAUGUGCUUCUUGUUCGUUAAUUUUUUCUGUCUUUCGUUCUUUACUCUUUCGUUCGUUGGUUUUUCUUUUCUUUCUUUUUUCUCAUUUUUUUUUUUAAUAUUUUUCCCUAUCUAUUUUCUUUUCUUCGUUCUCUUCUUCAUCCGGAUCAUUACACCUCCCUUCACCCUGGUCUUUCACAUCUCUCACACUCAUGUAUGUCUUCCUUCACUGAAUCCAUCCUUGUUUGCUCUUCCUGUCUUCUUACCCUUGUCUUCUACAUUUCCUGUCACAUCCCCAUCACAUCCUUUUAUCUUCCCCCUAUGUAUUAAAUUAUCGUAUCAUUAACUUAAUUCUAACAACCUCAUUGCUUUAAGUCCUUGUAUUUUAGUUCAAAUUAUUCGAUCUGUACAUCUUUCCGUCUAUCUACGAACCUGUUUUUUUUUUCUUCAAUUAUUUUGUUGACGUAUGUUUGUUCUGUUUGUGUACAAGUCCUGAUAAUUUACCUGUCCGUA